GUUCGACUGUUCGGCAGACGGUCUUACGAGCGAUUAGACCUAUAUUUAACUAAGUAUAUAUCAUUUGACGGCGGGACAGGCACCUUUGGAGGCAUCACGGGGUUGUUUAUGGGCUGCAGUUUCGUAUCGGUCUUCGAGCUAAUAUUCUUUGUGUGUGUGCGACCCACAUGUAACUGGUUGCUCCGACAGCAAGUACGUUAUCGACUGCGACGUCGACGUCGCCUUCAAAUUGGGGCGACAAAUGGUAAUUAGGGCAGCCUAAUUAGCGGCCCUAAUUUGAUGGCCAAGUUCAAGCAGUUGGCCGACGCAGUUCUAACUGGUCGCAAUGGCGUUCAAAAAGCGACGCAUCUUUGAUUUGCGCGUAGUGCAAUCGCAACAGCAGCUGGAGAAGGCAAUAGAUGGACACAGGAGCAGCAGAAUUUCCGCAACUCUCUCAGAUCCCAGUCGGAUUAACAGUCGACGGCGCUGGAAGCUGUAUCAGCUGCGACUGAUUAGGAAUUGGUUCACGGAAAGUCUGCGCAACUAUUGUCAGACCACAUCAUUGCAUGGCUUUAGCUACAUCACACGCCAGGAUAUUAGUCGAAAUGAGCGAUGCUUCUGGCUUUUCGUUGUCCUGGCGGCAAUUGUAGCCUCAAUAUCUCUGGUCCUGGUCUCGUUGUAUGCAAAUCGCGAGACGCCCACAGUGACUGUCAUCGAGAGCUCACAUUUUCCCACGUGGAACAUACCAUUUCCGGCGGUAACCAUUUGUAAUUUCAACAAGAUUUCAAAGGCCAAAGCGCUGAGCAUGCUGAAGAACAUGCAACUACCACCCAAUGUUACAAGUCAGCAUCUGCAGCAGCUCUUCAACUUAACACUUCUACCCGUUGGCAACACAAUCAGCAACAACUCACUGCAGAUCUAUGACAAAAUAUUAAAUCUAAAUAAUAUAACCCUUACAGAGCUUUCAAAUCAACUCUCGCCUGACUGUCUGGAAAUGAUCUCUCGUUGCAUCUGGAAGGGGAUCAAUACGCGCUGUGAGAGUCUCUUUCAACGCAUCAUUACCUUGGAGGGAAUUUGCUGCAGUUUCAACUAUUUUGGUGCAUUAACCAAUAAUUUUCCCAAGAAAAUUGCUUAUCAGGUGCCAAAACGGCCGUAUCGUGUCACAGGCUGUGGUUAUCCAACUGGACUAUCAGUGCUGCUUGAUCCAAUGGUCUCUGAUUAUUAUGGUACAUUCUUUAGCGGCUUUGGGUUCCGCCUGCUCAUACAUAACGCCCAUAAUUUUCCGGAUGAGAACUCGGAAACCAAGGUGGUCACUUCAACACGGGAAAGUUUCGUACGCAUCAAUCCAGAGUCGACAUAUGCCACUAGCGAUAUACGACGCAUGGACUUGAAGUCGAGGAAUUGUCUGUUUGGCAGUGAACGACAGUUGGAUGGACUUAGGCGUUAUUCCUUCAUCAACUGCAUGUUCGAGUGCAGAAUGCGGAUGACUCUGAACAAUUGUGGUUGCCUUCCCGCCUACGUAGCUAACAACGGUACAGUCAAGGUCUGUGGGGUUUUACAUUUAAACUGCGUCAUUGAGAGCAAACGUCUUUAUUCUCGCGCUAUGGCCAAUUUGGAUUCUCCGCUCUCUAUUGUACGUCAUACAGUCAGCUUUCCCUGUGACUGUCUGCCAGACUGUGAGUCAAACCUUUAUGUUUCCGAGAGCACCAUGGGCAGACUGGACAUUAACUACUCUGCCAACAAAAUGACUAGCAGUUCCAAUCACACCGAUAGCAUACUAGUGCAUGUCUUCUUUAGCGACUUGAUGUCCACCAGAUAUCGCAUGGAAAUCUUUCAGAACUGGCUUUCAGCACUCGCGUCAUUUGGCGGCCUGCUGGGUCUCAUUCUUGGCUUCAGCAUUGUCACUGCCUUUGAGUUUGUGUAUUUCCUUACUUUUCGGCCCAUCUUCCACUAUAUCAACAGAGAUCGAGACUAAUUUUCAAACAACAUAACAGCACGUUUAAAGUUAAUUUGUCUUAGUUUACAACAUGAUGAAAUAAGUAUAGGUAGGUGGUCUCGUGACUAAAUGUGGACUGCAACUUCGGCCUGUGGAGCUUAUGUUAUAAACAGUAAUCGUAAAUUUCGCUAACUGAAAUUUGUUAUGGGCACGAAAAAACAAAUUUGUCAUUGUUUUUAUUCAUUUUUUUUCUUCUAAACGGAAAUUGACCAAAGUGCUUGAUUUAUUCUUUUUAACUUUUUCAUGGAAAAUUGUUCAACAGCAACUGUUAAAAUAAUAGAAUGUGCUGGAUUUUGGCUCUGUUAAAAA